AUGGCGACGCCGCGCGCGGCGGCGGCGGCGGUGGCGGCGCGACCGUCGACGCCGCGCCGACGCGCGCGCGCGCGCGCGGGCGACGGGCGACACCUCGACGCGACGGCGGACGCGGUGCGCGCGGCGGGCGUCGCGGCGCGGCGCGCGGCGCCGCGAACGGGACGCGCGGAGGACGGGGAGGAGGACGCGCGGGGGCGACGCGCGGUGUACGUGGAGACGUACGGGUGCCAGAUGAACGUGAACGACUCGGAGGUGAUGAUGGCGGUGCUCGAGGGCGCGGGGUACGACGAGACGAAGGAGGUGAACGACGCGGACGUGAUUCUGAUCAACACGUGCGCGAUUCGGGAUAAGGCGGAGGCGAAAAUUUGGCAGCGGUUGGCGUACUUUCGAUCGCUGGGGAACGGGAAGAAACGGAGCGAAAAGCCGGUGGUGGGCGUGCUGGGAUGCAUGGCGGAGAGGAUCAAGGAGAAGUUGUUGGAGGCGGAUAGGCUGGCGGACAUCGUGGCGGGACCGGACGCGUAUAGGGAUUUGCCGAAUCUCAUCGACGCCGUCGUCGGGAAUCCGGGAGGGAAGGCGAUGAACGUGCAGUUGAGCGUGGAGGAGACGUACGCGGACAUCAUUCCCGUGCGCGAGGCGGGGUCGCACUCGGCUUUUGUCACCAUCAUGCGCGGGUGCGACAACGCGUGCGCGUUUUGCAUCGUGCCGUACACGCGCGGACGCGAGCGCUCGCGCGAUUUGGCGAGCAUCAUGUACGAGAUUCGUCUUUUGAGCGAACAAGGGGUGAAAGAGGUCACUUUGCUCGGGCAAAACCUCGCGAACGCGUCGACGGAACGUUUGGCGAGCGCGAGCGGUAGCGCGUUCGUCGGCUACGCCGAUGGCUUCGCGAGUCGGUACGAUCCCGAGCGCAAGCGAGCGGGGACGAUUCAAUUCGCCGAGUUGCUCGAUAAAGUCGCGAGCGUGGAUCCCGAGAUGCGCAUUCGUUUCACGUCGCCGCACCCGAAGGAUUUCCCCGACGACGUCUUGCGAGUGAUUCGCGAUCGACCCAACGUGUCGAAGUGCUUGCACAUGCCCGCGCAGAGCGGGUCGUCGGCUACCUUGGAGCGCAUGGCGCGUGGGUACACGCGCGAGUCUUACUUUGCCCUCAUCGAUCGCGUCAAGGCGAUGAUUCCGGGGUGCGCCAUCACCACGGAUAUCAUCAGCGGCUUUUGCGGCGAGACCGAGGACGAUCACGAGGACACCGUGAGUUUGAUGAGCGCGAUCGGAUACGAACAAGCGUUCAUGUUCGCUUACAGCGAACGCGAGGGCACGGCGGGGCAAAGACACCAAAUCGACGACGUCCCCGAAGACGUGAAGCAGCGGCGUCUGCAGGAAGUCAUCGACGCCUUUCGAGCGCGCGCGGCGGAGAAGCAACAGAUGGAGAUCGGUUCCACGCAUUGCGUGUUGGUGGAGGGUCCGAGUAAGAAAAACUCCGACGAGUGGACGGGGAAGACGGACACAUCGAAGUGGGUGGUGUUCGAAAAGAAUGAUGCCAUCGGCAAGUACGCCGGCGACGAAGACGCGCCGACGAGCGGGUCGUACGGCGUCAAGCCUGGAGAUUACGUCGCCGUUCGCGUCACUGGGUGCAGUACGGGGACGUUAUUUGGUCAAGUUCUCGGUAAGACGAGUUUGGUAGAGUUUCAAAACUUGCACGGCGCGCAGUGGACGACGCCAAAGUCGAGCAACGGCGCGAGCGCGCGUUGA